UCCUUCAUCCCUCCCCCUUUCCCAACUUGAUCUGCCCCUCUCUAUUGCACAGUAUCUCCCUCCCUCCCUCCCUCUCUUUUUCGCUCUCUCUCUCUGUCACACACUCGACUCUUUCGCUCUCACUGAGACUCGAGCACAUGCAGACAGAGAGAGAGGGGGGAUGAACGAGGUGCACACAUGUGAGGAUCUCCUGAACUGCUGGGGCAAGGCAGGGCUGGUGAAGAGAGAAGAAGAAGAGGAAGAGGAGGAGGAGGAGGAAUAGAGGAAUACUGCAGUGACCGGCCAGCUUCUUUCUCUCUCUCUCUCUCUCUCACUCACUCUCUCUCUUUCUCUCGCUGCUUCACUGCUUUCAUCCCCCUGUCUUCUUCAUCCCCUUCUCUCCCCCUCUGCCAAUUAUACCAUGAACCUGCCUGCUGCUUGUUGCUAAGGGGGAGCCAACCAGGGGAGCAGAGUGGACCAGGCAUUAUUUUGUUUCUAAGGACAGGUGAAAAUGGCGGAGGGGUCCAGAGACCAGGGAGGCGUGGGCACCACUGAUCCUGAAGAGGACUCCCCCAAUAUGAUCGUCUACAGAAAGAUUGAAGACAUCGUAACACGAAUACAAGAUGAGAAAGCUGGAGGCGUAGCCAUCCGGACCGUCAAAAGCUUCCUCUCUAAGAUCCCCAGUGUGGUAUCAGGGGCUGACAUUGUUCAGUGGCUGAUGAAAAACCUCUCCAUUGAGGACCCAGCUGAAGCCAUCCACCUUGGGAGUCUGGUCGCUGCACACGGCUACAUCUUCCCCAUCUCUGACCACGUACUGACGCUUAAAGACGAUGGAACCCUUUAUCGCUUUCAGUCUCCAUACUUCUGGCCUUCAAACUGUUGGGAGCCUGAGAACACAGACUAUGCCAUUUACCUGUGCAAGCGCACCAUGCAGAAUAAAGCCAGGCUUGAGCUGGCUGACUAUGAGGCUGAGAACCUCGCCCGGCUGCAGAGGGCUUUCGCCAGGAAGUGGGAGUUCAUCUUCAUGCAAGCUGAGGCUCAAGUCAAGAUUGACAGGAAGAAGGACAAGGCAGAGAGGAAAAUCCUGGACAGCCAGGAGAGGGCAUUCUGGGAUGUCCAUCGGCCAGUGCCAGGCUGUGUCAACACCACAGAGAUGGACAUCCGCAAGUGCCGAAGAGAGAGGAACCCACACAGGGUAAAAAAGUCGGUCUACGGGGUACCAGAUGACGGUCAGAGCCAGCCGAGUCCCGUCCACAUCAGCUCCCAGCCGACCAGGAAGACCACCAAAGAGGACGUUCAGAAAGAGAUUACCUUCUUGAACAUCCAGCUGGACAGACACUGCAUGAAGGUUUCCAAAGUGGCCGACAGUCUGAUGAGCUACACGGAGCAGUUCAUGGAAUACGACCCCUUUGUGUCAGCCACAGAGCCCUCCAACCCCUGGAUCGGUGACGACACGUCCUUCUGGGACUUGGAGGCGAGUCGUGACCCCAGCCAGCAGCGGGUGAAGAAAUGGGGCUUUUCUCUGGAAGAGGCGCUGAAGGACCCGGCAGGACGAGACCAGUUCCUGAAGUUCCUGGAGUCAGAGUUCAGCUCAGAAAACCUACGGUUCUGGUUAGCUGUGCAGGAUCUGAAGCGACGGCCGCUCCAGGACGUGCCCUCCAGGGCGCAGGAGAUCUGGCAGGAGUUUCUGGCUGAGGGAGCGCCGAGCUCCAUCAACCUGGACUCUCACAGCUACGAGCGCACCAGCCAGAACCUCAAAGACCCCGGACGAUACAGCUAUGAGGACGCUCAGGAGCACAUUUUCAAGCUAAUGAAAAGUGACAGCUAUGCACGCUUUUUGCGAUCCAACAUCUACCAAGAUCUCCUGUUAGCCAGAAAGAAGCCAGCAGACACUGAACAGGGCCGCCGCACCUCCUUGGAGAAGUUCACCCGCAGUGUGGGCAAGUCUUUGACGGGAAAGCGCCUGACAGGCCUGAUGCAGUCAUCCUGACACAGCCUGUGCUGGAGGGGCACACCCGGACCUUGUCGGAGGGGUGACUGCCACACAGGGGCCGGGGCAGGGGCACAGACAGUGGAGCUGGGCUGGACGGGGCUGCUGUGGAGGCUCUCGGACACUGCUCCGAGGACUGCUGCCAUACUGUUAGUGCAGCACUGGGGCCUGCUGGGGUGAACAACCCAAAUGGGAACCAAUGAGGGAAAGACAAUGCUGACAAGGGGAACCUCAGCCAACACACCACAUGGCAUGCAGCAUACAGUAUAAGCACAUCCAGACUAGGGCUGCCCUCUUUUCAUCACUUAGUUGGCCAACUGGUUGUUAGGCUCUUUGUCGACUAAACUGAUUAGUUUAUAUUGUUUUCAUUUUGUUUUAUAUACACGUUUAUUGGAUAUCAAAAGCAACAAUAUUCUUUGAUAAUAAAAAAAAAAAACUGCAUUUAAAUGCUAUUUGCCACAAAACUUACAAUGAAUUGACAAUUGCUUUAAUUGUCCUAAAGCAGCUGGGGACUGCGUAAAAAUAAAAGGUCAAAGAAGCAGAUCAACACAGACACAAAUCUAUUUUACAUACGUACGUCUCUACUCGCAAGGCAGCCAGCAAUAAUUAAAGCAUGAGACCACUUUUUUCUUUUUCUUUUUUUUUGAAAUAUAUCCAACCUCUUUUUAUAACCUUGAAAUUUCUAUUAUAUCUGUUUCUUAUAAAGCACAUGACAUGCCAGUUAAAUAGUGAACGUAGUUUUAGCAGAACUCAAGUAUCCAAAGUUGGUUUUUCCCAUAAGUUAUAUUUAAUGACAUCUACAAAAUUGAUUUUUGAAGGUAUAAUAUUUCAUGCUUCAUUACAUUCCAAAAAUCUGGCAUAAGGGCUUAAUGUAGCAUCCACACUGCACUGUUGCAUGUUUCAUCCAAAUGUCUUCGUCGAGGAUUAAUGUUUCGUCUCUGCAACAGUGCUUUGCAAUGAGACUUACGGCAAAGAUGAAUUUAUUCCAGUUGGCAAAUUGGUCCACUGCUUUAACAACUUCCAGGCUUCAAGUUCCAAACAUUUUCAGGCUGCACAGUCAAAUUGAUCAGUUUCAAAUGUCUGCGUGAAGAAACGUCUUAGAUGCUUCAAGACACAUGGCCCACAUGGUGGUGUGAAUCACAGUGAUUUGAGGUUUACUUUAAUUCUAGUGUGCACAGUCACGUGUGAAAUAGCAUCCACACGCUUUUCAGGCUCCCACCAUUGUGUAGUGUUCAACGUUUUCCGGUGCCAUGGGUCCAUCUAGUGGUGGAUAAACCACAGGACCAGCAACAAGAGUGUUACAAGACUAUUGUGUUGUGUUCAUGUCAUAUUGAAGGACAUCAUGAUGUCAGAACUAGUUGUUCUCCAAUCAUGGAGAUAUUACAAGGCCUGCUGCCCGUUACGGGAUCAUUUAUGUUUUAUUGUUUUUGUACUGCAUGAUUUUUCCAUCUUUUGUUUUCUGAAAAUAAUGAAACCUGUCCAUUUUAUUGUUUGGCAAAAUGUAUGCCAUGACUUCUCCGUUUAAUAGUGUCAUGUGUUUCAAUGACUUUGGGGAAAAUGGUGCAUGUUAUUGAACCAUAAUGGAGCGUUAGAUGGUUGGACUCUCCAAAGACAGCGCACAGAUGGGGAAAAGCCCUGAAGUGGAGCAAUUCUCCUCAGUGAACGGACAUCAAAGCCCGGGAACGCAACUGGGGGACAAUAUCUGACCCGUCACGGGCGCCGCACACUGAACAUUAAGGCCUCUCUGCUCCGCUGUGGCUUCAGCCUUCUUCUCCAGACAGAAAGCUCUCGGACUAAAGAGAUUUCAAUCUCACAGCUCCCCCAUGAGGCCAGUGACUGCUACAGUGACGGACUAUCACUGUUGAAUGAGUGAAUCAUCUAUUCUUUUAUAUUAGAGUCGUUGCAAUGCACUGUACAGGUCAUAUUAAUAAUUAUCAUUAUUAUCAUAAACCAAUAACCUCUUGAUUAUAAGGUAGAGAGAGAUGUUUAACCUGAGUCGAUGUACCAAAUGUUUAUUCUCAGCACAAACACAAUGACACUAUGUACAGAGUGCAUUGUAGAUGUAAACUGGCUAAAUUUCAUUAUCCAAAAGCACACUUUAUUAUGAUAUGGGCACAUUACUAUGCAUGUAACAUAUUCAGGGCAUUUUGUGCUUUUAGUUUCUCAAUCAGCAAAAUAACUACUGGCACUCUAAAACACUCAAGCACCUGCUAUCUAUUCAUGGGUACCAAAUAAUAAAGACUCUGGACCUGUC